CCUUUAAGGACUGCAGGGUUUGUCAGCAGAGCCAUGCUGUAAUAUAAUUGCAGUCGGUGAGCUGGGAUAGGCUGGGAGUUUGGGCUGAAGGCAGGCCGAUGUGAAGGCAGCGAGACCUUGCAAGAAAGAGUGAAAAACGAAGGAACCGAGUAUAUGUGUACUGUGUUACAUGACUGCAUUAAAAAUAAAGCUUAGAUUAAGACGUUCCUAAGCCUCCUGACGAGGAUCAGACUCACGCACAUGAUAAAGUUUGGAUGUUGAUAUUCGGGAAAUCGGGUGUGAUCUUUGCAAAAUCCGGACUGCUGUUGUCUUGAGUGAACUUCUGACGGAUUACACCAUCAUGCCCAGACGGACCAUAGAAGAAGUAACUGUGCAGGAUGUGCAGAAGAGGAGAAACCCCAAUAAGCAUUAUGUUUACAUCAUUAAAGUCUCCUGGUCUGAUGGCUCCACGGAGAUCAUAUACAGACGCUACAGCAAAUUCUUCGAUCUGCAGAUGGAGCUUCUGGAUAAGUUCCCUGUGGAAGGAGGACAAAAAGACCCAAAGCAGAGGAUCAUACCCUUUCUUCCAGGGAAAAUCCUCUUUAGAAGAAGUCACAUCAGGGAUGUGGCAAUGAAAAGGCUGCGACCUAUUAAUGAAUACUGUGGGGCUUUAAUCCAGCUGCCAGCAUACAUUUCUCAAUGUGAGGAGGUUCGCUUGUUCUUUGAAACCAGACCUGAAGACCUUAAUCCUCCAAAAGAGGAACCAAUUGGGAAGAAAAAGUCAGGGUUUGUGGAGAGAGCGGCUUCUUUCCUAAAGAGAGUAGGAGAUUUUACGUCAGGAGACCCCCUUCUUUUAGAUCAGUACGUAGCCGUGACUGACUAUGAGAAACAGGAGAGCUCGGAGAUCAGCCUGCAUGUGGGACAGGUGGUGGAGGUCAUUGAGAAAAAUGAGUCAGGCUGGUGGUUUGUCAGCUCAGAGGAUGCGCAGGGCUGGGUCCCAGCAACCUGUCUGGAGGCACAGGAUGACCCUGAUGACUUCUCCCUGCCAGCCGAAGAAGAAGAGAAGUACGCAGUUAUUUAUCCUUACACUGCCCGAGAUAAAGAUGAAAUCAAUUUGGAGAGAGGCGCUACCGUGGAAGUCAUCCAGAAAAAUCUGGAGGGCUGGUGGAAAAUAAGGUACCAAGGUCAGGAAGGCUGGGCCCCUGCGUCGUACCUGAAGAAGGCAGAUAUCUUAUCUCAGAAGCUGGCUGCAGGUGCUGCUGCCCACUCCAGCACUACAGACUUGGAUGGCUUCUCCAAACAGCAGAAUUUGGCCAAAGAUAGCCGAGACCGUGACAACCGCUUCUCAGUUUUCCCUGACACAAAGCGCAAAUCCUCUGACAUGAGACAGAGACCCCCUCCACGUCGUGACCUCACCAUUCCAAGGGGACUGAACCUUCCCAAGCCUCCCACCCCACCUCAGGUGGAAGAGGAGUACUACACCAUAGCCAACUUCCAGACCACCAUUCCUGAUGGCAUCAGUUUCCAGGCAGGAAUAAAAGUGGAGGUGAUCGAGAAGAACUCUAGUGGCUGGUGGUACAUUCAGAUAGAUGAUAAAGAAGGCUGGGCUCCAGUCACCUUCAUAGACAAAUAUAAGAAAACCAGCAAUGCCUCAAGACCAAACUUCUUGGCACCUCUACCAAAUGAAAUGGCGCAGCUGAGGCUUGAAGACAGCUCUCUCAACAGCACAGGUCAUGAAGAUGCUCCCCGUCCCUCAAGGCCUCUACCCGAUGAGCCAUCAUCCAGCGAUUCUUCUGCCAGGCCCAAGCUGAAGGAUUGGAAGGUAAAGGAUGCAGGAAAAGGCUCAACUGAUAACAAGGGGUUUGUCCCUAAUGCCUUUUCGGGCCCCCUCCCUCCAGAACCCACUUGCCCCGCAGCUGAAGAAAAGCCAGCAUUGCCACCGAGGAGGGAAUCGAUAAAUAAAAGCUUGGAGGCCGAAGCUGCAGAGAAACAGAGGCUUGACAUGUCUAAAGCACUGCCGCCGAAGCCUCCAGCACCAGGCGUGAUUCUGCCCAUUAUCCCACCCAAGACCUCACCUUUCAAGCUCGACAAACCCCCUGAGCCAAAAAAAGAAGAAAAGAACAAAGUGCUACACCUUAGAAACGAGAUGGGCUUGGAAUGCGGACACAAGAUUUCUGCCAAAGAGGUCAAAAAGUUUAACCUCAAGCCGAUCACUAAAAGCAAGGCUAAGUCAGAAUCUUUCGAAGACAAAACGGAAGCAGCCAGUCAAGCCCCAUUUGUUAAGCCAAAACCUCAGCUCAGGCCCAAACCCAUCCCUGCACCACGUGUUGAAGCACAAGCUGAAAACAAGGUAGACAUAACCAACUUGAGGAGUAGGCUGCGGCCUUCCAAACUGGCUGACAAUAAUGGUUCAGGAACUGACGUUUCCCAACAGGAAGCUACCAAUAACUCCCUUAACAGUGGCAAAGGAUCUGAGGAACACAAAAUUCCACCCAAGCAGCAAAACGGCCAUGGUCAAAAUGAAUCAGAGCUACAGAAACCACCUGGUUCUGCUCAGAGAGAACCACCACAAAGGCCCACUGUCCCACCCAGAAGACCCCCACCACCGAAAAAGACAUCAGGCCCUUCCAGCCCGACAGAAACUAAAGCCCCACAGAAGGAGCUCCCCGAGUAUAAACCACCCCUCUUGCAAGGCAGACCAGCUCCCCCCAAACCCAAAGCUCUUGUGCUGCCUCCACCCAAGGAUGACCCAAAACCUAAAGCAGCCUUGGGACCCAAGUCGUUCAACAAGAUGGAAAAACCGGAACCACCAAAAGAAAAGCUGCCACCUCUGAUCAAGGAUGGAGCACCUAAAGAAGAGCUUUAUAUGGCCAUUGCAGAUUUUGAAGGAGAUGACCAAACCUCAGGGUUUAAAGAGGGAACAGUGUUUGAGGUGUUAGAGAAGAACACCAGUGGCUGGUGGUUUUGUAAAGAUAUUAACAGUGGGUCAACUAUGGAGGGCUGGAUCCCUUCCAAUUAUUUGACAAAAAAACCAUAGCUAUUGAACACAGUGCAUUUGUUUUACGCUAUAUUUAAGUAGCUUUUUUAAUUUAUAGUUGUUACCUUUAUCCUGUCAUUUUAUUACAUUUCAUUUGGUUCAAGUUAAGAUGAAAGUUUGGCAUAAAACAGCAGAGAAACAGCCCUCUAAUCAGGCAUUAUUGGAUCCUGUUUUCUGUAAAUAAGUUAUUUUUCAACUGGACACAUUAAUCCAGUUACCAUAUUAAUAGACAACUAAAAAUACAACUUAAGGUCCUGUCUUUCACCUUUUUGUGCCAUAUAUUACUCAAGCCUUUAAUGUAAUUUUGUAUGUAGCAAAAAGCUAAAUUAGACAAGCAAUAUAUAAACACACUCAUAUACCCAUCUCUGUGCUGUUUUACUCAAUAUAUUCUAGAAUUGCUCCAAGCUUAAAUGUGUACACCUGAAUAAGGUAACUGUUACACCAAAAUGAGACCAGUAGAAUUUGUACCAGAAAUGUUGUAGAGCAAAAUGUACACAAAAAAAAAAGAUUUUCCAGCCAGAGUAGGGAACAGGCUGUGCAGUAGAAUACCUCAAAGAAUAGUUUGUCAUUCACAUCAAUAGAAAGGAACAAUGGCAGUGAAAGUAAGCUUCUUUAAAGUACUAAAAUGUGGAUCUUUUGAAUUGUAACCAAUCAGAUUUUUUUCUUUGCUGUGUUUUUGGGGUCUUUUGUUUCCCCCAGUGUCUUUUUUUAUGACUCAUCACUGAACUUUAAUAGUGAGCAUCCUUAUGCACUUUUCAAUGCACGUGGCAGUAGAUCAGGGUUCAUUCACUGUGGCUUUCUUGUUCUCAAGAUGUGAAAUAUGCCGAUGAGCAGUGUAGCUUAUUGAGCUAGAACAAUACGCAUUACUUUAUUAAAGUAAUUACAGUGCUAUUUUAAAGGGUUAGCUUGGAGCUAGGCAUUUUAGGAAAUCCGAGUCAUUUCUGUGCUUUAUUCUCUAAAUGCUGUUUAGCCUUGUUCUUGGCUUUACCACAUGCUGAUAUUAUUCACGUGGCAACAGCAAACCUAUUCUGAUUGAUAUUGUCUUCCACAACAGGAAACAAUGGUGAUCAGUUUUUGUAUACAUCUAUUUUGCAUAUAAUUAUCAUAUUCGAUAACUGCAAUGAGUGGUAACCCUCUCUACCAGAAAUAUACAUCUUAGCUGUUUGUGAACAUUUGUGUGUACUACUAUAAAAAAAUUAAGUACACUGUUAACAAGGUGCUUUAAUAUUUCAUGUAUAAUGCAGUAUGUUUUAGGUUUCUUUUUAAAAACACUACAAUUGCUUGACUGGUUUCAAGCAAGGAUUUGUGAGACACUUCAUUUUUUUGGUCUUGUUUUAUUUUCUGAAUACUUCUUUAAAUGAAGUAAUUUUAUCUGUUUAAUUAGGAUUCUUGUACCUCACAUUGAGCCAGAGUGGUGGGGAACAAAGGUUUAUCAAUUGAACAUACCAAGAACUGUGCAAACCUUUGUUUAAAAGAAAGACAUACAGUAAAAGGCAGAGGAAUGCGAUAUAUGACAGACUGGGGGAUCUGUACUAAUGACAUUUACUGACAAGGCCAGGAGCACAGUAAGCGAAUAGUUUUGUAUUCAACUCGAUUAUUCAAACACAUGGCUUCCCAUGGCUGCUACAAGGGGACAGCAAAGUUAUCAUCAGAUUGGAUAAGUUCUCCUUUAACAUACUGUGCUAUGUACAGUACCAGUCCUGUUUACAGGCUAGGUGCUGGACAGAAAUCUGCACUCUCUGCCAUGUGUUUUGCCUCACAGUAUGUAAUGAGAGCUCAUUACUUAGUAAGGCUAUUAUUGCUAAUGUUUAUCCAUAGAAGAAAUAUAAAAAUCAGUAAGAUCACUACCUGGUAUACUUCAGAAGGGAUCAAAGAUGUAAAAAAGUUUGAUUUAACUAUUUUAAAGUUGUUAGAGCACCAAUUCUUAGGAUUAUCUAAACAUUUAAAAGGAACAGACUUUCUUUAAAGAGAAGAUAAAUGCAUUAAUGGUAAAAACAGUAACAAUCAGAAAAGUCUUACUCAAGUACUGUUUUAUGAACAUAACCAUAGUUAGGGCAGAGGAGUCAUCAGCACCUAACAAGGUUCAGAUCAAUCCCCUCCCCCCCCCCCGAAGACUGAAUGUCUGUCAGUGUCGACAGUCAGUUUUUAAAUCUGUACAUUCCGUGCAACAUUCCUACUAAAACAAUCAAAAGAAAAGGGAAAGCAAUCAGAGAGGAAGGAUGGCAGCCAGGAAACAGGAUGAACAUCAAUUUUGUUCAUGGAUUUGGGAUUCUGACAAGGCAGCAAGUGAGAUUUCAUUACCUUUUGAUCCCUAAUCUUCAUAGGAGGUAAAUACUUGCUUUGCAACUUAUUACUGAGCCCAUUACCACCUACAGCUGUACAUUAUAAAUACUUAAAAUACAAAGUCAUGUAAGGUUGAAUGGACCAAAGAGCCACACAGUCAGUUUCAGAAAAUGUAAUCAGCAAAUAUUUAUGUGUAUGUGAAUGCAUAAGUGUUUGUGUAUAUAUAUAUAAACUGUAUGGGAAGGUUGGGGUUACUUUUUUAAAAAAAAACGUUUGGGAAAUUGUUUGCUUUGUAAAACAACCAAAAACCAUUUCCCUCAAAAUAUUAUUUUUUAAAAAAUAAUCCCUUGCAUAAGCUCCUUGUAACCAUAACUGAUUGCAAUUUACAGGUAAUGUUCUCUAACACUUUAUAUAUAUUUACACAUAUAUGCAAAUGCAUUAUAGAAUCAAUGCAAUCAUAUACAGUAGGAGGUUGAGAAACGUUCAACAGCAGAGGGCUCAGGGCGUCACAAAACCGUAAGGAAAAUAAAGAUGUCAAGAAGGCCCAUUGAAAGUGUUGUGUCCUAGAUUGCUAAACAUAAGGUAACAGGUUUGGCCUCCUAACAUUUUUAAAAAAAAAUAAUUUGUCUUCACAAAUAUGCCUUACUAAAAAAGCCAUUUCCUUAAAUUAUUACAUGUAUGUACUGUGCCUUCAAUGAAUUGUGUGCUUAAGGGAGUCAGAGCUGUUUUUUUUCUGAUGUACCAAGUACUGUAAUAGCUAUUUUUUUUCCCAAGAACAAACUCACAUUGCACCUGCUUAUUCAUUUUGCAAAUGUUUUUUUUAUACAAAGUUAAUAAACGUUUCUCAUAGCGCAA